AUGCGCCAGUGCGUGCCAAGCAAACCCAACCCAGUUGGCCUAAAGAAUUUCGUGUUGGCCGCGUCUGAUGGUCUGGUUUUACACUUUAUGAUGUGCGUCGGGAAAGGGACAGUUCCUGAUGCAGACAUGAAAGAGCUCGGCCUUGGCGGAGGCGUCGUAAAAAGACUUGUUGAGACUGUCAACACAGAUGAGGCAACAUUUCUCUUCACCGAUAGAUAUUUCGCAGGAGUGAAAGUGGCUGAUUUUCUGCUUGACAACAACAUUUUCCUAACGGGGACCAUCGUGGCGAACCGUACCAACGGUGAAGCAGCAAGAAUGCCGAAUGACAGAUCAAUGAAGCGGGGUGAAUCACAUUGCAGAGUCCGGAGCGAUGACAAGCUCUGUCUAGUGAAAUGGAAAGACAACAAGUCAGUCCUUCUGUUGUCUACUGCCUUCGGCACUGUGCCAGAGGGUAAAUGCCGGAGGUGGUCAAAAGACGAAAAGAAGAGAGUCGAAGUCACACAGCCCGACAUUGUAGACAAAUACAACCAGCACAUGGGCGGAGUUUACCUCAUUGACUGCUAUGUUGCAUACUAUCGAAUCACUGUUCGCAGUAGGAAAUGGACGGUCCGCGUUUUCACACACUUCCUGGACAUGGCACGCUACAACAGUUGGAUAGAGUACCAGAGGGACUGCGACAACGCCAUGGUUCUCAAAAAGGAGAGACUGGAUCUGCUGCACUUCAAAGCAGUUAUAGCUAAUAUGCUCAUACAAGCAGAGUCUUCCACUGCAAGAGGGUCUCGAGAAAACGCACAGAUCGACCAAGAACCGACUGUAAAGAAGAGGACCAAGGUAAUUCCACUACCUCCGAAUGAAGUACGGUACGACAUGACUGGCCAUUUUCCUGAGCACGUUAAGCUCAAGUUCCAGAUGAAGUGCCGAAAUCCUCAUUGCAACGGAAAAUCGAGAGUGAAAUGCACAAAAUGCCACGUUUUCCUUUGCCUACAGAACAAAAACUGUUUCCUGGACUUUCACAACCGUUAA